AUGAAAGAUUAGUUACGCAAGGAAACAAUUAGUCCUGAACCAGAAAAAUAAAAAUCAUUAAAUUUUCAUAGAAGAUUUACAAGUUCACAGAUUGAAAGUGCUGGAAAAAAUCAAAUAUCCUCUAAGCAUUUGACUAAUAAAAUUUCAAUGCAAGGUUUAUAGCAAUUGCUUAAGGUGGCUCCACAGAACAAAGUGCUUCAACCUAAAGUUUACUCAUAGAUGCUUAUUCACGAGAGCUUUUCUUAAUAAUACUUAAAAGACUUGAGUGCAGCCUACACUCCCAACCAAUAAGCAACCCUUCAGAACAACUUCUUUAAGAAAGCAUCAUUGUCAUAAAAUUCAACAAUGACGAGCAGCAUAAAACCGAGAAUGAAGAGUGCUAACAAGGAAACCAUCAAGAGGAAAUCGCAAAAUGAAACUACGUAGUUGUUAUCAACUAGAGAGAGGGAUAGAUAAACUAUUGUUUAGUUAUAGGAGAUAGUGCAAAGGACGAAUUCAUUGUUGUAGCAAUAUCAGAAUGAAAUUUGUAGACAUAUCAAAGAAAAGGAGGAUUUAGUCAAUAUCAUCCAACAAUUGCAAAGGCUCUGA